AUGGCGCCGAUCCUCUCAACCAACCCAACAGCCACCCUCACCCCGGAGCCUCUUACACCGGAGAACUUCGCACAAUUCGGCACAGUAGUGGUCUCCCCAUUACCGAGAGAACUAAACAUCGCUCCUCAACCAUCAUCCCUACCGCCACACGACCCAACCCCGGUCCUGGCGAACCAAAACUCCGCUCUCAAGUACAGUCCCAUCUCCCCGCUCCUCGACCGAUACACCAAUGCCUGUCCAAGCGGAAAGGCCUCCGAGGCACGCAUGACCAUGUUCUGCUGUUUCCCGCGCGCUUUGCGCACUGUCAGCACCGGCCCCCAACUGCCUGACAGGGAGGUCUUUGAUGUGCGCAUCCUUGAGCGUCACCCGUUUACGAAUCAGACUUUUAUUCCCAUCGAUCUAUCGGCCCAUUCGAAGGUCGGGGAUGGCGAGGAAGAGCCGCUGUUUUUGGUGGUCGUUGCGCCCACCUUAAAGGGACAGACUGCUACCGCGAAGAAUGAGACUGGCGAGACGGUUACGAUUCGUGACCCGCCGGAUCUAAAUAAUAUUAAGGCGUUUGUGGCGCGCGGCGGUCAGGCUGUUACUUAUGGUGUUGGCACAUGGCAUGCGCCUAUGGUGGUUUUGGGCCGUAGGAGGGUUGAUUUUGUUGUUGUGCAGUUUGUUAAUGGGGUUGGGGAUGAGGAUUGUCAGGAGGCUGCGUUUGGGGAGGGUGUUGUUGUUGACCUUGGUCGGAAGGGUCAGCUUGGGCGCGCUGAGAAGGGUCCGAGACUGUGGUCGGCUAAGCUCUGA